UGAAAAGAACGUCGUGGAGCUCUAGGGCUCACUGGCUCUGGCUAAGGCAAGAGCAGUGGCGAUGUGGUGCGGAUACCGGAACCUCGGGGUGCGCUUCGGCCGGUUGCGUUGUAGUCUCCCGUCCCCCAUCAGCGGCCACCGGAGCUUGACCUCCUGCAUCGAUCCUUCCAUGGGACUAAAUGAGGAACAGAAAGAAUUUCAGAAAGUGGCCUUUGACUUUGCUGCCCGGGAGAUGGCUCCAAAUAUGGCAGAGUGGGACCAGAAGGAGGUGUUCCCUGUGGGUGUGAUGCGGAAGGCAGCCCAGCUAGGCUUUGGGGGGGUCUAUGUCCGUACAGACGUCGGUGGGUCUGGACUGUCAAGGCUUGAUACCUCUGUCAUCUUUGAAGCCUUGGCUACAGGCUGCACCAGCACCACAGCCUACAUAAGCAUCCACAACAUGUGUGCCUGGAUGAUUGAUAGCUUUGGAAGUGAUGAACAGAGGCACAGAUUUUGCCCACCGCUCUGUACCAUGGAGAAAUUUGCUUCAUACUGCCUCACUGAACCAGGAAGUGGAAGUGAUGCUGCAUCCCUCUUGACUUCAGCUAAACGACAAGGAGAUCAUUAUAUCCUCAAUGGCUCCAAGGCCUUCAUCAGUGGAGGUGGUGAAUCUGACAUCUACGUAGUCAUGUGCCGAACUGGAGGAUCAGGCCCAAAGGGCAUCUCAUGCAUAGUUGUUGAGAAAGGGACCCCUGGCCUCAGCUUUGGCAAGAAGGAGAAAAAGGUGGGAUGGAACUCCCAGCCAACUCGUGCCGUGAUUUUCGAAGACUGUGCUGUCCCUGUGGCCAACAGAAUUGGGAGUGAGGGGCAGGGCUUCCUUAUGGCCAUGAAAGGACUGAACGGAGGACGGAUCAACAUUGCUUCCUGCUCUCUGGGAGCUGCUCAUGCUUCUGUCAUCCUCACUCGAGAUCACCUGAAAGUCCGGAAGCAGUUUGGAGCACCUCUGGCCAGUAACCAGUUCCUGCAAUUCCAGUUAGCAAAUAUGGCAACAAGGCUGGUUGCCUCACGGCUGCUUGUCCGUACUGCCGCAGUUGCUCUGGAGGAGGAGCGGGAAGAUGCAGUGGCUCUCUGCUCCAUGGCUAAGUUCUUUGCAACAGACGAAUGCUUUGCCAUCUGCAACCAAGCCUUACAGAUGCAUGGAGGCUACGGCUACUUGAAGGAUUAUGCUGUUCAGCAGUUUAUGCGGGACUCCAGGGUUCACCAAAUCCUAGAAGGUAGCAAUGAAGUGAUGAGGAUGCUGAUCUCUCGAAGCCUCCUUAAGGAAUAGCACCCACACUUGAUAUUCUGGCAUGGGGGUUAGUGUGCAACUGCAAUCAGUGUAGAGUGUUUCCAUUGUGAGCUCUUUGGCUCUAGAUGAAUUGUGGAUUAGAUUGAAAUGUUGAGCUCUUGCAUAUGUGUUGAUAGCAGUGUUGGCUCUCAGACUAGAGCAGGGUCCUCAGUAGAACUGGAAGAGCUGGUCUGAUGAGAAAUGUCACAAGAAGACCUGCAACCUUAUUUUCCUAAUGCCAGAAAGAUAACCAGUGAAUAUUCUGAACCAAAGUCUUGUUCUAGAUCUGCAUUGUCUUGAUUUGUCUGCAGUUUGCUGGUUCACUGGAUCCUUUUACUAAGGGCCUGGGUAGAUCCACUGAGGCUUUUCCAGGCUAUAGGGCAAAGGUGUGGGGAAGGGAAGAGAGAGAAAAUUCCCUCCUGUCUUUACUUUUGUGUACCAUAGCUCUUGGAUAGCACUCAUCUGAAUGUAAUCAUGGUAAAGUGAAUAUUUGAGAAGCUAUUCCUAAGCUAUGAUUUAGGGUGUGUCUCUUCUUCUGGAUGCCCUGAAUAUCAAGGGCUGAGAUUGUUUGGAAUUUUGAAUAUUUGGUUUUUCUUUUUCUUUUAUGUAUCAUCUAAAAAUAGUAUUCAGAAUUUCUGUAACAUUUCCUGAGAAGAACUUUGAGUAUAUUUUUUCUGAGUUUUCAUUUCCUUUUUUUGGAACUGCUUCUCUUUUUAAAUAUUUUUAAUUCUUACAUUGAUCAAUAAAUUCAUUCCUUUCUGUACUGUC